AUGAUGCAAAAGCUCAAGAAACCAGAGAGUUUCACCCUCAGAAUCGUCCUGAAGAUAGACAGCUCUAAAGGGAAAAAGUCAGAAAUCAUCAAAUCCCUGCAGGCUGCAAGGAUACAAUGCUGCAGUGAUAAAGUUCGUCCAGUGCUCGUCGCCAGCACCGUUAUUCCCUCAGCGAACGGUGUUAUUUGGGCAGGUGUGUUCAGUUCACAGAAUCAGGAGGAUCCGGAGAACAGCGCGCUGGCUCUGUACGACAUCAGUAACGUUCGAGGCCAAGUCAAGGGUUUCUGCGCUUAUAGUGGAAAUUGUGAUUCUGAGAGUGGUAGUGAACUUCAGCCGCUCUCUGUGGUGUUCAAGUACAGCUCAGUGUCAGCAGUGGCAGCAACGAGGAUUGAAUCCUGGAUUGUGCUGUUCAUAGGAACCAGUGAUGGACAACUCAUAAAGUUGAUGUCGGAUGAGAAAUAUACACCAGGCUGUCCAAUAAUGCUGUACAAAUCUGAUGAUGAACGAGCAGUGCUUCCCAGAAUGCACUUUGAUCCAGUAGAUUUCAAACACAUCUACAUUGCUCUGAAGAAACAGUUAAGAAGAGUGUCUGUAGUUCCGUGUGCUAAAUACAGCACUCUGAAAGACUGCAGAGCUGCUCUGGAUCCUCUCUGCGGCUGGUGUGUGAACACAUUGAGAUGCUCCACCCAAGAUGAAUGUUAGAAAUCUUCAUGGGUGUCCACCCCAAAAAACUCCCUUCAGGAAAUGCUGUUUUCUUUUCAGGUUUGGUCAGACAAAACUUCCAGCAAGAUUACUCUACGUAUUUCCUUGAGUCUGGAGAGCAGAGAAAACCCUGCCUUCUCAUGCACCUUCACCACUGGAAGUGUAAAACUGUGUGACGGGUCUGAUCUGAAUGCAGUUUUUCCAAACUGCUACUGUAGUUUUUCUGACCAGCUACUAUUUACUACAGGUUUAAACAUCUCAGCUGAAGUGGCUCUUGGGGAACAGAAGAUCAAAGAGAAGCUGGAGCUGAAAGACUGCCUGAAUAUCAAAGAUAAUUCACCAAGGGCUUCUUAUACACAGUGUCUUCAGUGUAUCUCAGCUGGGUGUCGCUGGUCCUCAUCUUCUCAGCGUUGUGAAUGGGCAGAUGGACCUGAAACAAAGUUAAACAUACAGGUGAGAGACAAUG